UUUUAUCAGUUUGAAAAACGGAAGUUUUGAUGCUUGUAAAAAGACGGCAUAAUUUUUUUUUGUCGCUAACGCGUAGACACGGACGAUAUGGCGCUGAACAGGAAUAUUCUUCAAUUUUAUAACGUGAUGGGAAGUUACCGGAAUAUCUUGUCAUCGAGACUAAUCUUCCCCAACCAUCAGUCAUUGGCAACAAUGGCAAAAAAAAGCAUCGAAGAAUUAGCUGGAAUACCACCCAAACCGAAAAAACCAUUAGCACCAUUUAUUAAAUGGUCUCAUUCUGUUCGACCUUCAAUAAAGCAGAGUCAUCCUAGUGUGCAACAAGCAGAGUUGUACCAAUUAAUCAGAGAUCAAUGGGAGAAGAUGGACGCAGUAGCAAAAAAUCAAAUUUUAGAGGAGUGGAAAACGUCUCUCCAGCAGUACCGCGAUUCCAAGUCUAAAUAUGAAGGAUCUAUAACACCUGAACAGAAAGUGGAUCUUAAAAGAUUACAGAUGGAGUUAAAGCUCACAAGAGAUCAGAAAAAAAUACGUCGGGACUCGGAAGUUUUGAAGAAGCCCAAAAAACCACUGACUCCUUUCAAAUAUUUUCUCCUUGCAGAAUCUGUAAACAGAGGAUCUCUGAAGAUUAAUGAAUGGCAUAACCUAUUGUUGGAAAAGUGGGAGGCACUAUCUCCGGAAAAACAAGCCCAGUAUGAAAAGUUGUCUGAAAUAGACUCGAAAAAUUACGAGCUCAAGAUGCACAAGUGGGCGGAGGCAGAGGGGGACAAUACGUCUAAAACUAAGUCCAGAGAAAAACCUAACAAGGUAAAAAGUUCCUCAGAAUAGGAUGACGCGUGUUCCGCCCAGCCAGACGACUUUAUAAAAAACGUCGACGCUAUACUUCUUGGGCAACUAUCGGAUACAACAACUCAGGGCUGGGACACGAGAUUCGUAAACGGUAUUGAUUCGAGAAUGAACUCGAACAAUUAUUUACCUAUUAAAAGUGAGGAAUUAGUCAAGAAUAU